AUAAAUUGUUAAUGAUUUCUUCAUCUAGAAAGCUCUUUGGCAAUAUCGUAUUGGGAAAAUCCCUCGUAUCUACUCCAGUUUUCUUUGCAGGAAAAGAAUUGAGUUUUGGACAAGAGUGCAGACAAUAGAUGUUACGUGGUUGUGACAAAUUAGCUGAUGCUGUCCAAACAACCCUUGGACCAAAAGGAAGAAAUGUAGUCAUCGAUCAAGCUUUCGGUGGUCCCAAAAUAACUAAGGAUGGAGUCACUGUAGCAAAGGCUAUUGAAUUCUCCAACAGAUUCGAAAACAUUGGAGCUCAAUUGGUAAAGUCAGUGGCAUCCAAAGCUAAUGAUGAAGCUGGUGAUGGCACAACCACAGCUACAGUUUUGGCUAGAGCCAUCUUCAAGGAAGGUGUCAAGAGUGUCGCAGCUGGACUCAAUCCUAUGGACUUGAGAAGAGGCAUCAAUUUGGCAUGUGAAGCAGUUGUUAAGGAUUUGAAGAGCAGAUCAAAGCAAGUUAAAUCUAAGGAAAUGAUUGAGAAUGUUGCCACAAUCUCUGCCAAUGGAGACGUCGAAAUCGGAAAAUUGAUCGCCGAACUCAUGGAUAAGGUAGGAGAACAUGGAACCAUCACAGUAUCUGAUGGUAAAACACUUCAUCACGAAAUUGAAUUUGUCGAGGGUAUGAAAUUCGACAGAGGAUACAUCAGUCCUUAUUUCGCCACAGAUCCAAAGACAUAAAAGGCAGAAUUCGAAAAGCCAUACAUUUUGAUCACAGACAAGAAGAUCUCAAAUAUUCAAUCAAUUCUCUAAAUUUUGGAACAUGUUGUUAGAGAGAACAAACCACUUUUACUGAUUGCUGACGAUGUUGAAUCAGAAGCCUUGGCUCAAUUGAUUCUUAAUAAAUUAAGAGGAGGACUCAAAGUAUGUGCUGUCAAAGCCCCUGCUUUUGGAGAUAACAGAAAGGCAAUCUUAAAUGAUAUUGCUAUUUUGACUGGAGCCACAGUCAUCACAGAAGAUGUUGGAUUGUAAUUGGAAAAGUCUGAUCACACAGUUCUUGGAUAAUGCAAAUCAAUCAUCGUCACCAAAGAUGAUACCAUUAUCAUGGACGGCAUUGGAUCCAAGGAUAGCAUCAAUGAAAGAUGCGACAUCAUCAAAGCUCAAAUCACAGAAUCAAAUUCUGAAUAUGACAAAGAAAAACUCAAAGAGAGAUUGGCUAAAUUAUAAGGAGGAGUUGGUGUCAUCAAAGUUGGAGGUGCUUCAGAAGUUGAAGUUGGUGAAAUCAAAGACAGAAUCACAGAUGCACUCAAUGCAACCAGAGCUGCUGUUGAUGAGGGUAUUGUUGUAGGUGGUGGAUGUGCCUUAUUGUAUGCAACCAGAGUCUUAGAGAAACUCAAGGGAGACAACUUCGAUUAGAACAUUGGUAUCCAAAUUGUCAAGAGGGCCAUUGAAUUACCAUGCAGAACCAUCGUUGAUAAUGCUGGUGAAGAAGGAGCAGUUGUUGUUGGAAAAUUGUUGGAAGGUAAAGAUGAAGAAGUAGGAUAUGAUGCCUCAAAAUCAUAAUAUGUCAAUAUGAUCAAGGCUGGUAUCAUUGACCCAACAAAAGUCGUAAGAACUGCACUUGUUGAUGCUGCCUCAGUUGCCAGUUUAAUGACAACUACAGAAUGUAUGAUUGUUGAAGGAAAAAAAGAUGAAAAAGCAGGAGGAGCUCCAAACAUGGGAGGCAUGGGAGGAAUGGAAGGAAUGUAUUGAUAUAAUAGUGAUUAUUGUUCAAUUAGUAUCAAAAAAGUUAUUAAAUCUUUUUUAGCAAUGCUCCUAAUAUUAAACAUAUUACACUAACGAUUAAUAAAUGUCCAAUUAAUAUUUAUUAAUC